AUGUCGGUUCCAAAUGAAAACCAGACAAUGGUGCAGAGUUUCAACAUUUUGGGAUUUCAAGACAUGAAAGAAAAGAGGGUUUUAUUGUUUAUGCUAUUACUGAGUAUUUAUUUGCUAACUUUCUCUAGCAAUAUGCUAAUAAUGAUUAUAACCAAGUUCGACACCAUCCUACAAAACCCAAUGUUCUUUCUUCUGGGAAACUUAUCUGUGCUGGACAUUUGUUAUAUUUCAGCUACUGUACCAAAUAUGUUGGUUAUUCUGGCCUCACAGCAAAACACAAUUUCAUUUGUUGCCUGUGUAGUGCAACUUUUUUCUGUAAUUUUCCUGGAAAGUGCAGAAUGUUUUUUACUUGCCAUCAUGGCAUAUGACCGCUAUGCAGCAAUUUGCAAACCUUUGCACUACAUUCUCAUAAUGAGCAGAGAAUUUUGCUACAGUUUACUUUCCAUGGUAAUAAUUGCAGCUGUUCUGCACUCACUACUUCAUACAUUACUCAUUGUUCAUUUACCAUUUUGUGAUAAUAAAAUCAAUCACUUGUUCUGUGAUAUCCCUCCUCUUCUGAAACUCUCAUGUACUGACACAUCCCUAAAUGAGAUUAUACUGUUUGCAGUUAGUGGGGUAUUUGUAGGACUUGGUCCACUUCUUUUUAUUUUUCUCUCAUAUAUCUAUAUUGCUUGUACAAUUUUUAAAAUUACAUCUAAAGCAGGACUAAGAAAGGCAUUCUCUACUUGUGCAUCUCAUCUUAUCAUAGUGUUUAUAUUCUACGGAUCUGGAAGUUUCACGUACAUUAGACCAAAGGCCAGCUACUCCUUGGAGAGGGACAAAUUGCUCUCAUUAUUCUACAAUAUAGUUACACCUCUGGCAAAUCCCAUAGUGUAUAGCCUACGAAAUACUGAAGUACAGACAGCUCUCAGAAAACUAUUUAGGACAUGUCAGAGAUAG